CGUCCUCGCAGUCCCUCAGAGCCACCAGCUCGAAUUUGUCGCAUUUUUACGCGUUUUUUCUCGUGUUUUACGCGUUACUCUACGUUUACAAGUCGUAGUGACGCGUAAGGCGCGUGUCUAUCAUGUCUUCUCGUUCCCCCAGCCCUUCUUCCACCAUUGCACGCGCGCCAACCGAGGCCGACGCGUAUUCCAUCGCAGAGUCCACCGCAGCGCUUAUUCCAGCUGGUUCCAAGUACGAUGAGACCGCCAAGACCACCGCUACAGCCAAUGCGACCGCCACGGCUGCAGUUUCCUCUUCCACCACGCGCCGCCAGGCUGCUCCCACCCAAGAGAAAGAUUGGUCCGCCGCGCUUGCCACGCUCUCUGGCACGUACGGUUACGGAGGUCACAUCGCACCCCCUGUCGAGAAGAAAGAACCGAAGAUCAGAGGCGAUGGUAAAGCGAAGGCGGAGCAUGCAUCUAAAGGGCUUAGGGAGAGGAUCGUACGCAAGUUGAAGGGCGCCACAUCCGCGCCCGUUACGCCUAGCCCCAGCGUCCUCUCCUUCGCAUCGCUGGCUUCUACCGCUUCCGCCGGAGUCGCAGCGAACGAGAAGAAAGGGAAGGGAAAGGAGAAAGGAAAUAAGGGCGUGGCCGAGGAUCCUGAGACUCAGGGUGGGGUCGGAGGGGCCACGGUGAAAGAAGAUGCUGGUGGAUCUGGAAGCCGUCGUUCCGACCUGUGAAGUGAAGCUUUCGCCUGGUGAGUCUUCAACUACUUCGAUCAAGAAGCUACAGGAGUUUCGCUCUAGUAGUAGACGCGUCUCAACACGCAUGCUUAGAGAGGGUUUUC